AUGAUGACCAGAACGCUACAAUCGCAUCCACGGCAAUACUCGAAGAUGUACAAAGUUGGCGGUGAUAAGCGAAAGAAAAGACCCGACGACUGCAAGGAUUGUAAGGACCCCAAGGAGGGCAAAGAAGAUGAGGUUUCCGUCAAACAGAUUGCCGUCGUCGUCGAGGAAGAUGAUGAAGAAAGGAGACGUCUCGAGCGUAAGAAACGUACGCAAGAGGAUAUGGUCAAUGACUUUGUGAAGAUAUUGGAGCAAAUGAUGAAACCCCGACAAGCCGUUUUAUCGCUAGUCUCCGGGGCCGCGGGGAUCGCGUCAGUUGGGAUGUCACUAUUAUAUUGGAAUGAUUUGCCGAAUGAGGCUGAGCUUGGGCGGCAAUUGACACAGAUAUUAUUCGCUUAUGGCGUUUUACAAAUCGUGUUGGCGACGGCAUUUUUUGUGACUUGUAUGCAGACUUCGAUUGCCGUUUCAAAGGGCGUAAAAGACGCGCUACAAAUUGUGGUCGGGUUGGUGGUGGCGCUGAUAUAUUUGAUUGUCGCGUUGGUAUCACUUGGAGUUGGGAUUGUUGGCUUUUAUAAGGCAAUCUCAAUGCUGAGCAGCGUCUCUUACGACAAUUCCCAAGACCCGUUUUUCUGCCCAAAACCUCUAUUCUACACCUCUAUCAUCAUCUUUGUUCUCCACAUCAUCAUGAUCGUGUUCAAAUGCUGUUGUUGCAAA